UUUAGCUCUUUUGACUCCAUUCUCGGUUCUCUUAAUUCCUCAAAGCAUUUCCUGACUUCCUUCCUACGACAUCCCUCGAAAAAGAUAACGAUUAGCAAGCAAAAACCAACCAUGGCUACAGUCCCGCACUGUCUCUACUGCUUCGAGACGCUUGCUGCGUACCUUGAGGGCCGCAAGUCCAUGAGCCUUAACGAGGUCGUGAACGCGUGGGUUGAGUACAGCAACGAUACGGGAGCCGACGUCGAAGAUGCAAGCAAACACGAAAGCCGCAUUCCCGCUCUUAGACGAGUUGUCGAUUCUGAGUUCUCCGAAACAAGCAGCUCAUCUUCGCCUUCUUCAGGCUCGACUAUGUCCCUUGCAACCGACACAACCGCAACCUCUGUAGAUUCACUCCGAGAGACCAUUAUUACCGAAUCCCCGCUAUUCGUCACCUGGAACACCGUGUCCUCUCGUACGGGAAAUACUUCCCUACGAGGCUGCAUCGGGACGUUUGAAGCGCAAGAGCUUGACGAAGGGUUAUCAUCCUACGCCAUCACCUCGGCCAUCAACGACAUGCGUUUUGACCCCAUCAGCAAGCGAGAAUUGUCAUCUCUCGAGGUUGCCGUUACGCUGCUAACCGAUUUCGAGGACUGCGAUGACACGAUGGACUGGGAAAUCGGCACUCACGGACUGCGCAUAAGCUUCUCGGAACGAGGCCGCCGUUACGGCGCAACUUACCUGCCGGAUGUUGCCGCCGAGCAAGGGUGGACUAAAGAGGAGACUCUAGUUAGCCUGAUGCGCAAGGCUGGCUGGGCAGGUCGCAAGGAAAAGUGGCAGACUGUUGACCUUAAGGUUGUGCGAUACCAGGGCAAGAAGAAGUCCCUACUAUACUCCGAGUACAAGCGCUGGCGCGACUGGGUCAGCCAGAAGAGCGAAGACGACGACGAUGAAGAUGAGGCAUAGACAGGUAGACAUUAUGCUGCAGAUACUAUCACGGGCGUGCUCUCGAUGGAGAGUGCAAAUGCAUAUUUGGUGGACGGCGUUGGCGCAUGAUGGGUGAAAGGGAGUCUAGAGUUUGGCAUCUAGAACGGCAGCAGCGGAAGCGGCAGCAUCCUAGGUGGGUGAUU